ACGUUGUGUAAAAGAGUUAGCAUAACGGCCCGCUAAAUACGGGUUGUACAACUGUUUAGGUUGUUUUUUGUCUUUCUUAUAUGCAACCAAUGUUUUGGCUGCUACAAUUAUGAAAAUAUUCAGAAAUUGGUUUCUUCUUUCCCUCUCAAUUCUUCCUAUCUAAUCUCCUUCUUUCUCUUCUAUUUCUAGUUGAAAAAAUACACCGUAAGAAAGGUAUAAGAGCUAACGAUUCUCCAUGACCGGUGAAGGCCCAACCACUCGUCUUCAGAAAAAGAUUUCACACAUCCAGUAGGAAAUGUCGCAGGUGCAGGCGGACCUUUCGCAACUUAACGGUAGAAUGGAUUAACUCUAUAGAGAGAUCCGAACAGAUAUGCAAGUUCUUUCUGAGAAGUAUUUCAGCCAGGUGACUUCAACAUCUGUUCUCAACCUUAUCCAUGACAAGGGUAAGGUAAUAAUGGGGGAAGCUCCACUGGGGUAUUCGAUCAAAGAUGCUUGGGCAGAUUUGGGACCAAAAGGAGCGAAUUCGAGGAUGACAAGAGUUGAUACAUCACACUGGGGAUUUAGAAUUGACUGCCCACAAUUUGAUGAUUCCAAUUUUAGGAGUUGGUGGUCCAAGUUAGAUCAGUAUUUUGAAGCUGAGAACAUCUUGGGUAAUGCUCGAGUGAGGGUAGUGAUGCUGAAUCUGGAUAGAAGAGAGUUAGAGUGGCAUCACUUCUUUGCUCAAAGACAUGGGGGAUUACCGUCACUGACCUGGGAUACCUAUACUCGUGCCUUGAAAGAAAGAUUUGGCACUAAUUCGUUUCUAAAUCCUAUGUCAGUGCUAGUGGCACUGAAACAACAAUGUGCCAUUGACCAGUAUCUUGAUUCUUUUCUUAGUUUGCUGAAUCAACAUCAUUUACCAGAUGAUUAUGCUUUAGAUAUUUUUGUGAGCAACUUGAAAAUAGAGAUACGACAAUACAUUUUAUUAUUUAAACCUAAGAUUUUAGUGGAGGGUUAUUUGAUGGCCAAGCAGGUGGAGGAGAUUUUGGGCUACAAUCAAAGGAAAUUCUGGCCAAGUCAGAUUGGGAGUCAUACUAAAAGGGCUACUUUACCUCCAACACUAUCUUCUCCUACACGAUCUUUUUUGGUUCCAAGGCUCACUCAUGGGUCAAGUUCUAUAGUAGUAGGAAAUCAGAAAGGAUCGACAAAAUCCUUAUCCCUGGUUGAUAUGGAAGAUCGGAGAAAAAAAAGGGUUGUGUUUCUAGUGUACAGCCAAAUACUCUCCAGGGCACAAGUGUGUCAAAUCACAACUGUAUUAGGUAAUGCUCGAACCUUACCCUGAUAGUGAGGAUGAUAUUAGGAGCCCUCAAAUUGAUGAACUUACAGAGGAAACUGAACCACUGGAUACACUUGACAAGGUUGACCGUGAAAAAGAAACAACCACACCACCUCUUCUUUCUCUACAUGCUAUACAAGGUUCACAAGGGCUUCACACGAUGCGAGUGGCAACUACAGUUGGGGCUUCAUCCGUAAUCAGUUUGGUCUGCUCAGGAAGCACACAUAAUUUUGUGGAUUCUCGAUUCGCUAAGAAACUUAACUUGUACGUGGAACCGACUUGUAAAUUGAAAGUGACUAUCACUGAUGAAAGAUGUAUGCUCAGACAAGGCAUCUGCCGAGCUAUUUCUUGGGAAACCCCAGGCUACUCUUUCAAGACUGAUUUUUUGGUCCUUCUAUUGAAGGGUUGCGAUUUGGUGCUGAGAGUGUAGUGGUUGUUAACACUCGGGUCUAUCAGCUGGAAUUUUAGCUCUUUAACCAUGUGGUUUCCUUACUAGGGAGAUUUUUGCAUACUACAGGGUAUUCAACUUGAUGCUAUUUUGGUGAUGAACGUGUUUCAUCCUUCCAAAUACUUUGCGAUGGUUGAACAAGGAUCAUGCCCUAUGUUGUUAACUCCAAUAGCACAAGUCUCAUUGAAAGCUCAUCACCCUUCAACUAAUGAAGAACUUCAACAACUUCUAAAGGAGUUUGGUGAUGUCUUUCAAAAACCAACGAGCCUUCCUUCUCGACGAUUAUAGGAUCAUAGAAUUCCUUUGCAUGAUGAGAACCAAAUGGGAUGUUCUUCAACUGCUGAGGGAAAAUAGAUUAUUUGCCAAAGUAAGCAAAUGCCAAUUUGGGACGACGGAGAUAGAAUAUCUUGGUUACGUAAUUUCAAAAGGAUGUGUUGCCAUGAAUGUUGCUAAAAUAGAUAGUGUUUUACAAUGGCCUACGCCUACAUCAGUUAAAGAACUCAGGGGAUUCUUAGGUCUAUCCAGUUAUUACAGGAGGUUUAUUUGACUUUAUGAAGUAAUGACCAAGCCUUUGACAAUAUUACUCAAGAAGGACAAGGUAUGGGAAUGGUCAAAGGAAGCUGUCGAGGCAUUCCAACAACUUAAACAUGCAAUUUGUCAAGCUCCAAUCCUUUCUUUACCCGAUUUCAAACUUGAAUUUUAUGUUGAUACGGAUGCUUGUGGACAAGGGGUAGGGACAGUGUUACAAAAACAAAGGAAACCUAUAGCUUUCUUUAGCAAACCUUUAGGGGUGAAGUACAAGGCUUAUCCAUUUAUGAUAAAUAGAUGUUUGCGGUCCUUUUGGUGGUAGAAAAAUGGCAUGCGUACUUUGUGGGAAGGAGGUUCCAUAUUUGAAUAGACUAUCAAAGUCUGAUUUUUUUACUAAACAAUAUGCCAUUAUACCAUUUCAGCAAAAAUAGGUAGCAAAGAUGCUCGGUUAUGACUUUGUGGUCAGCUACAGGAAAGGGGCUCACAACAUUGUGGUCGAUGCCUUGUCUCGAAGGCCACAGUCAAAUGAAGGCCAGCUACAGCAAAUUACAGUAAGCACCCCUUGGUCGAAUUUGUGGGUUCGAAUUGUUGAUUCUUGGAAAAUUGAUUCCAUGUGAGGCAGCUAUGUGAGAAAGUGCAACAGUAACCAUAAGCACAUCCCAAGUAUGGAUGGGAUGGCAAGAUCUUGAGAAGAAAAGAAAAGGUGGUGGUAGGCAACCUUGGUUCUUUAAGGAAAGAUUUGUUCAUUCAUUUCCACGAAGGGGCAUUAGGGGGUCAUUCCAGUAUUCAUUCUACCAGGCGUCGUAUUAGAGGGCUGUUUUACUGGAAAAAGCUCUUCAAUGAUAUUCAAUAGUGGGUCAAGGAAUGUGUUACGUGUCAGCGACGUAAGGGAGAUAAUGCUGCCCAUCCCAGAUUAUUGCAACCACUCCCCAUACUUGAUCGUGCAUAGUCAACAAUUACAAUGGAUUUCAUCGAAGGAUUGCCGACUUCGAAAGGGUACAACACGAUCUUGUUGGUUGUAAAUCGUUUGACUAAAUACGGUCACUUAAUUCCCCUAUCUCACCCAUUCACGGCUUUGACAGUAGCUCAAGGCUAUUUAUCUCAAGUCUACAAGCUUUAUGGUGCUCCCGAGACCAUAAUUUCUGACAGAGAUAAAAUAUUUAUUAGCAAAUUUGGCAAGAACUUUUCAGCAAGUUGGGUACACGACUUCACCUUUCAACAGCCUACCACCUAGAUACUGAUGGCCAAUUGGAAGUGCUCAACCAUUGUUUGGAGAGCUAUUUGAGGUGCAUGAGCAGGGAACGGCCUAGUGACUGGUCACUCUGGCUUCCAUUAGCGGAGUGGUGGUACAACACUUCUCACUAUUCGGCUAUUGACACAACUCCAUAUGAGGCUCUAUACGGACAAGUUCUCCGGAAUCAUUUACCGUAUGUAGCUGGAUAUUCUCCUAUGAAAGUGGUAGAUCGUAGUCUGCAACAAUGUGAAGCAGCUCGACAGCUUCUGAAAUUCUGUUUGAAAUGGACUUAAGAUCGGACGAAGUAAGUUGUAGAUAAAAGGCAAUGUGAAAAGGCUUUUGAGGUGGGGGAUCUCAUAUACCUAAAGAUCCAGCCUUAUUGCUAGCAUACUCUCAAGCGAACUUUGAACCAAAAAUUAUCCCCUCGAUUCUAUGGACCAUAUCUGGUGGAAGCAAAGAUUGGAAAGGUAGCCUAUCAGUUGAAGUUGCCUAUUGGAGCACAAAUUCAUCACAUGUUCCACAUCUUGUUGCUUAAGAAACAUAUCGGUAAGUCUCCUAGCCAGCUGGACAUACCUCAAAUGGAUCUUGAUGCGACUCUACCAGAAGGAACCAGUCUGAGUUAUUGACCGAAGGAUUGUUAAGAGGGGUUCACGAGUUGUGACAUAGGUAUUGAUCCGAUGACAAAUAAAUUUCCUGAAUAUUCAACUUAGGAGGACCUAUCAAAUGUGCAAUAACGUUUUCCAACUUUCAAUCCCUGAGGACAAGGAUCUUAUUUUGACAGGAGGUAGUUGAUACGGAACGUUUUAUUCAACAACUAUUUUGGGUUAUAAGUUUUAUUAUUUCUGGCUUAUUUUAAUUCUGUUAUUUGUGUUUCUUAAACGAUGUGUUUCAUCUAAUUGUUUUAACGAAAUGAUGCAUAAAUGAGUUGGCAUAACAGCCCACUAAA